AUGUCAGACGAGCUCAAGCAAUAUAAUUUUGAAAAGUAUAAAGGAAAUUGUCACCAUUGAUUCAAAUCAUAGCCUUGAAUAUGUAAAAAGACAGUCCAUUAAUGCAGAUGAGAUCGCAUUUACUGUCCAUAUUACCAACCAUAUUUUGAAAAGUUGGCAGGAUUUCAAGGAGACAGGGAUCUGCUUUAACUUCAUAGACUUAUUGAAUCAUUUUCUUGGAGAAAACUACGCAAUCCUAAUAAAGCAAGACUGCAAACGGAUCGAAGAUCAUCUGCGAAGACUUUGUUCAUCCGCCAAAACUAGUUUCAGGGGGAAAUAGGUUCUGGUUCAGUGAAGUUCGGGAAAGCCAUUAAACGCAUUGCAAUACGUUCUGACGAACUUUGAAGUGCCGCUGAAAUUGAACAUGAGCUUUUGAAAGUGAAGGAUGAGAAACAUGUUUUAGAAGAGACAAAUAUAAGACUCCAUGAGCGCUGCAAUGAACUUUAUCAAAGUUUGUUGGAAGCUGAGGAACUUAGGAGGGCAAGCGAUGAGAAAUUAACAGGGGCUUAUUCUGACAUUGAAAAGCUAAACAAAGAGAAUGCCCAUUUGUGGGAGUACUUUGACAAGAUUUCUGAGCAAGAAGGGUUUAAAAACUGCGGAAAGAACAUUAAUGAGGUCAAGGAAAGACAACGAAGACAAAAGAUACGAGAACUGAAAACGUAUGUUGAUAAAGCCCUGUGGUUUGCUGGAACUUUUGGUCUCCGGCUCAGUUCAGUGGAAUUCAAAGAUGACACAGGCAAGUUUCAUACAAUGGAAUACCACACAGAAGAGCGAGGAAAGAAAUCCUACAAUGAACUGGCUGACGAAGAAAAAGAGAAAGUGCAACAAAUUUUAUUUCUUACAGACAAGUUUUGCAUAAGCGAAGCCGCAUAUCAUGAAUUGACCAUGUCAGCUGAUGGAGAACACCUACCACGCUUUUACCUGAUAAAGUAG